AUGCGGACAAUGGAUCAAGGACAGUUGCAAAAGUUACUAGCAGCCUCUGCGGCUGUGUCGACCACUCCCCAGCAGAAUCCAAUGUCUGCAUUUGGAUCCAACCUAGCUGCCUAUAUUCUCUACCAACAAGCCGUUCAGAAUCAAUUGGCUCAAAGUCAAGCUCUUGCUGCUCUCUCGGCUCUACCAUCUCCAGCACAAUCUACUCCGACUUCAUUCAAUCCAUCUUCAUUCUCUCUCCCCUUAUUUGCCACAUCACCUUCUAUACCUACUACACUUCCCACACCUACACAAACACCUACUAUUUUAACAACACCAAAGUCUGACACACCUCCAGGAGUUUUCAACGCGUUGUCAUCGAUUCUCCAGCUUCCAACCCAAUUGGAAACCACAAUGAGCAAGUGUACAACACCUCCGGUUAUCAUAAAACCAACAGUUGCCCCGUUGGAAGCGAUGAGAAAGAUUUCUACAGUUUCAAUGCCUUCUGAAUUCGUUCCAUUGAUACCAACGCCCUCGGCUUCGGGAUCUGGAUCAUCUCUUCCAGCUUCUUCUCCAAGCACUUCUUCAAAAAAGGAGGAAGAAGAUGAGGACGACGAUGAAGAAGAGUUCGUUGACAUUGAAUCUGUUGACGUCGCUAUUGAUGGAAAAGAAAAGAGAAAGGCACAUGUGGAGUUCUAUCGAAGGAUGAAGUACAUGAGACAACAAGACAAAGCCCUCCAAUGCGGCAUUUGUAAGAAAAAGGUGGACAAUCAUGAGAAUGCGAUGGCGGUUCACGUGGCAGAGCAUGCGGAUGCUGGAUGCUACCAAUGCAGACUAUGUGGAUGGCAGGCGAUUGACAAGUACAAGAUCUACACACAUAUGAGAGAAGAGCAUCCGAGGAAAGUGGAUAUGUUUGUGGAUAAGAGAGAUAUGCCAAAGAUGUGUCUGGUGUUGUCGCAGUGCUUUCCAAAGACAACUGCUCGUCCGAAGAAGGAAUCGAAUCGGAAUGCGGAUACUUAUCUUACUGAAGUGCUGAAGGCAAAAAGCAACGAGCACAACUGCAAAGUUUGUAGAGCAACUGUUAGAAAGGAUAAGGCUGCGAUGAUUAGACAUGUGCAGUCCAACCAUACCAUCAAAUGUAAAACAUGCAAAGCCAUCUCAACAAGCCUCGAGGAACAACUAGCCCAUCAAGAUGAAUCCCAUCAGCUAAAGGAUCCAAAAAUGUCGGUUCACUACGCUCCGAGUGCUGCAGCCAUCUAUCUAUUGCCAGCUUUAGAGAAAUGUUUUCCCGUUGAAAAGAAUUAA